AUGACAAUCGCAAUCUCCCCGCCGGGGUACUCUACCUCGCCGCACCGCUCGUCGCCGCUCUCGAACCCGCCGAUUCAAGGCGACGGGCGCCGGGCGCGUAAGAUCGCGAUACCACGCAAGGCUAGCCACCACGCGCACUCUCCGUCGUCGCUAUUGGCACACCACUCCCCCAGCUACUCUCCGCACGCGCACACACACUCGCCGCCGCACAAGCCGCACUGCGCAAGCCAGUUCGCCGUACGUGUGCGUGCUGUCGCCACGUGCCCAGGACAGACGCCUCGUGCCCCAGAGCCCCUCGUCCUCCCUUUCACCGCGACGUAUUACGACCUCGUUUCCGAGGACGAGCCGGUUGCGGCGGCGGUGCCAUGUCACUCCCCAUGGGUAGCUGAUGUCGACCUCGAGGCUCAUUACUUUGCAACCUUUGGAGAUCCGCACUCCGAGCCCCCCGCGUAUCCCGGGUACCGCGUUCCGGCUAUCGGACAACUACAGCUCCUUAUCAAGACGACCAGCACGGCGGUACACGCCUUCGUCGUGCCGUACGACUUAUCUCAGCUCGCGGCUGGUGCUCGUCUGCUUGCCCGUGAACGCACCUACGUCUCGUCAUCUGGAGGAGAGUCUCUACGCUACGCAGUACAGCUUCAGUUUGCCUGUGUCGACGGCGCAUUUUACCUUGCCCGCACGCUAAAGCUCGUCUUCACCUCGUCCCCUCCAGAGGCGGACUGUACAUUGCGGACGGAGCGCGCAGACGAGGUCGUUCCCCCAUCAUCAGCACCGAGGGCCAAGAACAGCAUGCGCGGCAGCGCACUCCGACGUUCCAUCUCAUCUCUUCCCGGUACUCCAUCGCCCUCAGCGUCACCCGGUACGCCGCCGUCCCCUCCACCGAGGCGACGGAGCAGCAUAGAAGCGUCAUCGGAGUGGGCCUCUGUGCGUGCGCAGUGGCGCGCGCGCGCCGCCAAGGCCGCAGCGGUGGCCAGAGGCUUCGAGCCUCCGGCAUCGCGACCUGUGUCCCCUAGUCCUGUGGCGCCGAGCCCGCGCAGUUUGCUCUCAACCCUCGCACCAGAUUUGGAGGAACGGGCCAGCCAGCAGGGUAGGCCGCGCGAGGAGAAGGAUUACGGGCGAAAGGAAGCAGAGCCAGUCAAACGAGCAGGGCCAAGCCGCACACCGAGCGUCGCUUCGUCCGCGAGGCGUCGACUCAGCCGCGAGGAACGCGAGCUCAGCGAGCGUUUAAGGGCCAUGGAACUGGACGAGAAGUAA